AGCGCCAUCCACCACGCACCUGCAAACACAUACUCGCCCCACUCCUCCACCUCCGACACCUUCCCUUCCAUCUGCACACGCAACCCCUGGUCUGGCCGGAUGAGUUACCACCCGGUGGACACGAUAGGGAGUCCAUUCAGGAGAAGUAUGGAUAGUAGGACCACCUACGGCCGCUCCACUGGCACACCCUCCAGCGGGUUCCGUUCUCAGUCCUGGUCCCGGGCAAGCCCAGGCUCCACGAUGACCUCCUCCUACAAGAGGAGCGUCAAUGUGCCGGUAGCCAGAGCGUACAGCUCCACACUCCUCAGCUCCGCCGACAGCGUUGAUUUCAAUCAAACGAACGGAGACUACAAGCGCUCCAACGAGAAAGAGCAGCUCCAGGGGCUCAACGACCGAUUCGCCGGUUACAUCGACAAGGUGCACUACCUGGAGCAGCAGAACAGCCAGAUCGAAGAGGAGAUCCAGACGCUGCGGCAGAAGCAGGUGUCACAAUCCCAGCUAGGCGAUUUAUACGACCAGGAACUCCAGGAGCUGCGCUCCAUGCUGGAGCAGAUUCACCACGAUAAAGCGCAGAUCCAGCUCGACACGGACCACGUCGAGGAUGACAUCCAGAGAAUUAGGGACCGCUUCGAUGAGGAAGCCCGCAUCAGGGAUGAGACGGAAGGCAUCAUCCGGGCGUUGAAAAAAGAUAUGACCGACUCUGAUUUGGUGAAGUCAGAGUUGGAGAAGAAAGUUCAGUCACUGCAUGACGAGAUUGCCUUUAUCCGCAACAACCACGCAGAAGAGGUGAGCGACCUGUUCGCCCAGGUGCAGGCGUCGCAGGUGACCAUGGAGAGGAAAGACAUCCAGAAGACGGACAUCACCGAGGCGCUCCGGGAGAUCCGCACCCAGCUCGAGGGCCACUCCAACCAGAACCUGCAGCAGGUGGAGGACUGGUUCAUGUGCCGCUAUUCCAAGCUCACUGAUGCUGCGGCACAAAACAAAGAUGCAAUCAAGUCCGCCCGUGAUGAGAUAGCAGACUACCGUCGCCAGCUUCAGUCCAAGACCGUGGAGUUAGAGUCCGUCCGUGGAACCAGGGAGUCACUGGAGAGGCAAUUGAAUGACAUCGAGGACCGACACAACAACGACCUGUCCAGCCUGCAGGAGACCAUCCACCAGCUGGAUAAUGAGCUCAAGGGCACGAAGUGGGAGAUGGCGCGUCAUCUGCGUGAGUACCAGGACCUGCUCAAUGUCAAGAUGGCCCUCGACAUUGAGAUUGCUGCAUACAGGAAACUCCUAGAAGGUGAAGAGACCCACUUUAGCACUUUCCCCUACCGCCACACCGUCACCUCCUCUAAGAAGUCCAAGUAUGAGCCUCCCAAACUGAAAGUCCAGCAUAAGUUUGUAGAGGAGAUCAUCGAGGAGACCAGGGUAGAGGAUGAGAAGGAUGAGAUGGACCAGGCCCUGGCUGAGAUGGCCCAGGAGUUUUCUGCCACUCUGGAGGCAGAGGCAACAGAUGAAGGAGAGGAUGAGGGAGAAGAGGGAGGAGAAGAAGCAGAGGGAGAAGGGGGAGAGGGUGAAUCAGAAGAGGUUGUAGCCUCCACUGAAGCCCAAGUUAGCUCCAGCACACCUGCUGAGGAGGAAGAGGAGGACAAAGAAGGUGGUGAUGAAGAGGAAGAGGGAGAAAAAGAAGAAGAGGGUGAGAAAGGAGAAGAGGGUGAGGGUGAGAAGGGAGAUGAUACAGAAGGUGGUGAUGAGGGAGAAGGAGAGGGGGAAUUAGAGGAGACAGUCCUGUGCUCCAAAGCCCCAGAAUCAAAGGCCUCUCCUGACAAAGAGAAGGCUGGAGAGAAGGAGGGACGCGGAGGAGAAGAGGAGACAGGAGAGGGAGAGGGAGAAGAGGAGGGUGAUGAUCAAGAUGAAGAUGCAGGUAGUGACAAAGGAUCCAAAGAUGGAGAUGAUAAGGAUGAGGAAGAUGAGAAGAAAGGAAAGGAUGAGAAAGAAGACAAAACAGAUGAGAAGGCAGCUGUAGCCAAGACAGAGGCUCCCAAAACAGAAGCCCCCAUGAGUGAGGCCCCAAAAGUUGAGGUCCAGAAAUCUGAGUCCCCAAAGCCCUCCAAGCCAGACUCCCUAAAAGCUGAAUCCCCAAAGGCUGGGUCGCCUAAGUCUGAGUCACCAAAAGCUGGAUCCCCCAAACAUGAAUCUCCCAAAGCUGUAACCCCCAAAUCUGAAUCUCCAAAACCUAGCUCCCCCAAAUCUGAAUCCCCGAAACCUGCUGGAUCCCCUAAAUCUGAAUCCCCAAAACCUGCUGGAUCACCCAAAUCUGAAUCCCCAAAACCUGCUGGAUCCCCCAAAUCUGAAUCCCCAAAACCUGAUGGAUCCCCUAAAUCUGAAUCCCCAAAACCUGCUGGAUCCCCUAAAUCUGAAUCCCCAAAACUAGCUGGAUCCCCUAAAUCUGAAUCCCCAAAGCAUGCUGGAUCUCCUACUUCUGAAUCCCCAAAACCUGCAGGAUCCCCUAAAUCUGAUGGCUCCCCCAAAUCUGAAUCCCCAAAACCUGCUGGAUCCCCCAAAUCUGAAUCCCCAAAACCUUCUGGAUCCCCCAAAUCUGAAUCCCCAAAACCUGCUGGAUCCCCCAAAUCUGAAUCCCCAAAACCUUCUGGAUCCCCCAAAUCUGAAUCCCCAAAACCUGCUGGAUCCCCCAAAUCUGAAUCCCCAAAACCUGCUGGAUCCCCCAAAUCUGAAUCCCCAAAACCUGCUGGAUCCCCCAAAUCUGAAUCCCCAAAACCUGCUGGAUCCCCCAAAUCUGAAUCCCCAAAACCUGCUGGAUCCCCUAAAUCUGAAUCCCCAAAACUUGCUGGAUCCCCUAAAUCUGAAUCCCCAAGACCUGCUGCAUCCCCUACUUCUGAAUCCCCCAAACCUGCUGGCUCCCCAAAAUCGGAAUCCCCAAAACAUACAGUAUCCCCCAAAUCUGAAUCCCCCAAUUUAGGAUCCCCUGAGGCAGAGUCCCCUAAGGGUGAGGCCCCCAAACCAGAAGCUCCAAUGUCAGAGGCCCCCACGGCUGCAGAAGAGAAAGUAGACAAAAAUAGUGAUUCAGAGGAAGAGAGGAAGGUAGAAAAGAAAGACGCAGCCAUGAACGGAGAUGUGGAGAAGAUUACCCCAGAGGACAAGGACAAGAAGGAUGAGGGUGGGAAAGAGGCAGAGGAGAAGGAUGUUAUCUCAAAUGGAGUGGACGAGAGCCCCACUAAAGAUGACCCGGACCAGAAAGAUGAUCCAAAGGACCAGAAGGUGGUCAUCACCAAAACGGUGGAGACCAUUACCACUGGAGAGGAUGGAGCCAAGCAUGUCACCAAAUCUGUCACUGUCACCGAGACUGUGAAGGAGUCUGAGGAUGUGAUGCAGGAGAAGACAGUCUCCAGCAAGAAGAUGGAGAAACACUCUUCCCAGUCCGUCAAGGUGGUGACUGAAACUGAGUAACUGCGCUCCAUCCAACCCACUCAGGAGGAACAAAGAUGACACGACAACAAGCAAUCAACCCAGAACUAACAUAACAAAGAAAUCAUAGUGCUAGAGCGAUGUAAUAAAGAGAACCACUCUCAAACAUCCAGAAAAGCAACGAGAGAAGCCAUAUGAUGUGACAAAGCUAACGUUUAAAAAAUGCAUGUUGAGAGAAAGCUUUAAAUGGGUUUUGCUGCAGAUUAUAUCAGGAAAAUGUGAUAGUGGGACAGAUUAUUAAUUGUCUUUAUGUUUCCCUGCAGUUCACGGGAGGGCUCACGGGUGGGGGCGUCUGCAUGCUAGCUCAGGGAGGGAGACCCCUCCGCUCUAACCUGUAUGUAUGGAUGGAAGGUUUACAGUUUAGAUACUGUAUGUGGGUGGGAGAGUGAUAGAAAUGUAUGUUCAUUCAAAUGUUAAUUCAAAAAGGGGUGCCUGGGUUGGACGGUCCACUUUAGAGACACAUGUUCAAAAGGACUAGCCUUUUUAUGUGAAGAUACCAACUGAGCCAAAAAUACAAUCGUCUACAACACAAUAUAGUGAAGAAUGAGAAAGACAAUGGUGCAAUGUACUGAUGAUCAUAAACAUACAGUACCCGAAGCAACUAAAGCAUUAAGAACCUUGAAGAAACUCUGAGCCUUAAACAUGCUUUUUAUCAGUAUCUAUUGUGUUUACCUAAUGAGUGCAAUUGAAAAUAAAUAUGUAAAUGCGCACACAUACAUUCUUGUAUGCAUAGGAUGGACUUGAAUUUAAAUAGCGAACUUAAAUGAGGUGCUACAGUUUGCAAUCCCAUGUCUUUACUCAUCAUGAACUAUUUCCCAGCAGCAUUUGCUCAAUAAAUGUCAUACUGAAAUACAAA